AUGAAUGAGUUAUUUGCACGCCUUUUCAUAUUGAUUAUAAUUAAUUAUAAAUAUACAAAGGAAAUAUUUACAAUGGCACUAAGAAAUCGUGGAAGUGACGCAGUACAUUGGUAUAUGCAAGAGAUUAGUUCUAGAGUAGUUGCUGAGAGUGGAAUAGCAAGUGACAGACACCAUCUCGGUAAACUUAUUUUACAAGGCUUUAAAGAUGACCCAAAUUUUAUUGCGACGAUAGAUGGGGCUACAGAUGAAAAGGAAACUUUCGGAUCAUCAUUAAAGAGAUCAAUCCAGUGUGCGACGGCCUUUAGAAAAAUUGGUUUAAAACAUGGAGAUGUUAUUGUUAUCAUGGCUCCCAAUCACAUACAUAUUACUAUACCAAUGUAUGCCGCGCUUUAUGUUGGUGUAGGUGUUUCCGGGAUUGAUAUGACUUUAGGAGUUAAUGAACUCCGUGAUACUUUUAAAUUCAAUGAACCAAAAAUAAUAUUUUGUCAAAAAGAAAAGGAACAGGAUGUCGAGUUGGCUUUACAGGCCUUACAACAUAACGCUCAAAUCGUUACUUUUGAUAAAGGAGGCAAAAACAUGUGCUUUUCGGAUUUUUUGGAUAAAUAUGGAAGUGAUGCAUCAAUUGAAAAUUUCCAAGCUUCAGAUUUCGAUCCGAAUGAAACAAUAGCGUUGUUGGUAGCAACUAGCGGUACCACUGGUUUACCUAAGUCAGCUGCUGUCUCUCAUAAGAACUUCGCCGUCUGCGUUCCUUAUAUGUGGACAAUGUACGAUAAGUUUCCAACUCCGACACGAUUGCCAAUCGUAUUCUCACCCAUCCAGUGGUAUUCAGCAUUAUUCAAGUUCGUGUUUUCACCCAUAUUACGGCACACCAGGCUACAGUCAUCCGCGCCCAUGACGCAGGAGCAUGCGUAUGACAUUAUUAAUAAAUAUAGACCAACUUAUGCAAUGUCAGGCCCUAACAUGUUAACAACAUUUUUUAAAAUUGGUGAACGAGAAAAAUGUGACUUCACCUGUUUUGAAGUACUUUUAGCGGGAGGAAGCGCAGUCCAUCCCAGCCUUUUUGAUGAUGUAAAAGCUGCAUCUCCAAACACUCAAUUGAAAGUAAUCUACGGUAUGAGUGAAUUGUCGGGAAUAGCAUUUGAUUUUGAUGCCACUCAACCCACUUCAUUGGGCAGAAUGCUGUGGAACUUUAAUCAUAAAUUAGUCGACCCUGAAACAUUAAAAGAAGUGACGGAACCGAACAAACCUGGCGAACUGUGGGUGAAAGGGCCAGGUGUUUUCAAGGGCUAUUACAAUAAUCCAGAAGUGACAUCUCAAAUGCUAAUGGAAGGAGGUUGGCUCAGGACUGGAGAUAUCAUGCGUCGAGACGAAAAUUGGAACUUUUAUUUCGUUGAUAGAAUGAAACUUUUGCUUAAAUACAGAAAUCACCACAUAUCUCCAUUAGAAAUCGAGAGCGUAAUAGCUAAACACCCUGGCGUGUUUGAAGUAACUGUUACAGGAAUACCGCACAGGGAACACGGUGACUUGCCUAUAGCAUUCGUUGUACUUCAUGAAGGGUACAAUACUAGUGAACAAGAAAUAAAGGAUUUAGUUAAAAAUGAAUUGACUGAUUCAAAGCAACUACGAGGAGGUGUCGUAUUUUUAAAGUCAAUGCCUCUCACUUCCACGUCAAAAGUAGACCGUCAGAAACUAGCCGCUAUAGCGCGAAAAAAAGAAGUAAUAAUA